AUGACCAACCUUACGCAAUACAACCCGGUCCAAGAUGACAUCAGCCUGCCAGAAAACAAGUGCGGCGUGAUCAUGUCCGUUGAUAUGGAUGAGAACUGGUCCGGCACAAAGUCUGCGGUCCUCCUGGCCGGCAACAAGAAAGCCAACACUGACAGCAACAACUCAUGCAACACCGAGGCCAUCUCUGAGCCCGACAACGUGCAUUAUGUCGCCAACACCCUCAUCAUCAAUGAGGACACGGGGAACCACCUCAACAACGUCGCAUGGGCGUAUGACCUCGACUCAGGCAAUCUCACGCGCAUCCUGUCGUCACCCAAGUUUGCUGAGGUCACUGGCAUUUGGGCCAGCAGGAUUGGAGACAAGGUGUACCUGUCUAUGGGUAUCCAGCACCCCAUGGAGGAUGAGGAUGCACCAUUGGAUGCUCCCACCAAGGAGGAGUUCCUGGCCAGGCAGGGCUACCUGGGCUACCUGGGCCCGCUGCCCGCGUCGAUCCUGUCACCCGACGUUACCCUGGAAUUCGAGGGCAUCCCCAAGGCCACCGGCGAUGACAUCAACAAGGUGGUUGCAACCACAAAAGUCUGCGUCAAGCCGUCUGGCAUCGCCAUAGCGAGCCAGGCCCCCUACCGCAGGCUCGGGGACAAGUGA